AUGUCCACCACCACUUGUCUCCAGCUUCAAGAGCUGCAGCCUCCGAGCGCGGCCACUUUCCAUCGUUAUAUGUUUUCGGAGGCAUCCAGUCCAUCGGAUGUAAUUACACAGAAAGAACCCUCCCCGGUGGCCAGGUCGCGAGAGGCGCGACAGCGAGUACUACUGCUAAAGACGGCCCGAGAACAAUAUACCUUGGUUCAUGAUCAUACCAUCCCCUCAAUCUUGCACCCUAGUGAGAUCCUUGUCAAGGUCCCCCGUGAAUCGUCACGGCUUCGUGUCGGCGACAUCGUCCUUGUCCCUUCGACAGACUAUAGAGACAUCCGGAAAGCCACAUUCCAAGAAUAUGCCAUCGCAACCGACUUCAACGCCGCCCGCAUUCCCUCCUCGGCCUCGAUACAUGCUUCGGCUUCUCUGGGAGUGGCCUUUGUGGCCUCGGUGCUAGCUCUAGGGGUUUCGUUUGGACUCGACUUCUCUCUCCUGCCCCAGUCUCCCGGUCCCAAUCUCCCCCAGGUCAUCAGCCAACUCGACCAGGAGGAUAUCCCAGCUGAUAUCUAUGACGAAUGUUUACCAGCAUCGGUAGAUUCCGCGCAACCUCAACACGGCGACUGGAUUGCGAUAUGGGGAGCCUCCACAACAACUGGUCUGGUAACGCUGCAGCUGGCAAAACUCGCUGGGCUGCGAGUCAUCUGCGUUGCCGAUGUUGCAAGGCACGGCGCUAGGCUGAUACAGUUGGGGGCAGAUCUACUCGUUGAUCGACAUGACACCGACCGGGCUGUGGAGAUUAUUCGCGGAGUUACAAAUGGCAAACUGCUUUAUGCGAUCGACAUUGUGGGCAAAGAGACUGCUACGAUCCUGGAAAGAACACUGGAUGUCACCGGACACGCCCAUCUACUCGGGUUAACAGGUUUACCUAAAGAGCGGAAUCCUAGGAUCCGAUAUCACACGGUCCCAAUUAAGCUGUUCCAUACUGCUCCUACGGUCGGAGAAAGCAUGGUACGUUGGUUAGAACAGCUACUUCAGUCGGGGGCUUUGACCCUUCCUGAAAUUAUUCACGCAGAGGGCGGGCUGGAAGGCAUUAAUGCGGCCUUGGCAACGCUUCGCAGCGGUUCGGUUUCCGGAAAAAGGAUUGUGGUUGACCUUGGCUCCUCGUCAUGA